AAAAAGCCUCUAAUUUGGAUGAGGAGGGCCAGGGUGCAUGAUUUCCACUAUGGCAGUAGCCCUCCUCAAGUGGCGUUGGACAGAUUGACUUUGGGUUUUUUUUUUCCCUACAUAUGCAUGAUUAACAUAAAUCUUGUUGAAUAAAUUGACAGGUCGAACAUGACAGCUACAGUUGUUCCUAUAGUUCUUAACCUUAAAAACUAUGAUGAUUGGAGUUCUCGGAUUAAAACCUACUUAUUAGCCGAAAAUCUUUGGAACGUUGUCGAAGGCAGCUAUAGACCUCCUAUAAGAGAAGAUGGUGAAUUUGAUGAUGAGGCUUGGGAGAAGAAAGAUGCCAAGGCCUUAUAUGCAAUCCAGAAUUCUUGCGGGGAUGAUAUUUAUCAAUUUAUCAAGAACGAAACCAUGGCCAAAGGAGCAUGGGAUACUUUGUCAAAUAAACUGAAGAAGCCAGAUGAAAAGUCUGAUGAAAAAGUAUACAUGUCGGUUGGUGAAGCGUAUCCAACUCUGACUAAGCCAGAGGUUUCAAAGAAGAAGGGCGCACAGAAGGUAUAUAUAUGUAGAUACCUUGAUCCUCACAAAUUAAUAGUUGUAUAUAAUUCUAUUUAAUAGUAAUAGUAUGGCUAACCAUUGACAUCAACAAUAGACCUCGGUUAUAUUA